AUGCUGUUAGUCAGCAGCGGUAGUCCGGAUCCACAUUCUACGAUAAUCAUCGAUCCACGUACUGGAGUUUCUUCGUGGAGUUAUAAAGGAUCGGAACUGCAAGGAGCCUCUACUGGACUUGUAGAACCUCUCGGGAAUCAUGGCGAAAGCAUAGUAGUCACGACAAAAGAGCGUCCUCUUGUUCAUGUCGUUUCUGUUAAUCCAAAAGGCCGAAUCCAUCAAAAAUGUGUGCUACCUGGGCCAGUAUCUGCUAUUUGCAGUGAUAGCUCAGGUCGUUUUGUAUUAAUGAGCAUUAAACGACAACUAUACUGCUGGCUGCUCUCAACUGGAGAAUUAUUAUCUGUUAUUGAUGCUCAUUAUCAAAAUAUCACAAAUAUCGUAAUAUCUGACGACGAUUCGAUGGUUUUCACUGCAUCAAAAGAUGGCGCUGUUCAUGGUUACCUUUUUACCGAAUUAGUAUCAUCAGACCGUGAUCAUACCGUCGCGCCAUUCAGAAAAUGGGCUUCUCAUACCUUGUCGAUUGCCGACCUUAAAAUUACACAUGGUUCGAAUCCACGUGUGCUAUCAGCUGGAGCUGAUCAUAUUGUUUGCCUCCAUUCAAUUUCUAUGGAUUCAAUUAUUCUAAAAGCGUCUGCUGAUAGGCCUCUGACAGCUUGCGCCAUUGACUCUGCGGAAACGCGAAUUUUCAUUGGAACGGAAGUGGGAAAUAUUGCUCAGAUUAAUCUAUUUCAAUUGGGUCCUGAAGAACGAGAUCUUCUGAUUCAAGCAGGUGAUGAACAUAACACAAAGUUCAGAGUGUUGAAUGGUCAUUCGGAUGAAGUUUCGAAACUUACUAUCAAUACAGAUGGAACUUUACUCGCAUCUGGAGAUGUUUCUGGAAAGUACUGCAUUUGGGAGAUCAGCAGUCAUCAAUGUCUUAAAGUCUCUACAAUGCGAUCCACUAUCAGCACACUCCGAUUCAUCCCAUACUGGGAUUCAAUCAGUGGAGGCGAUCUGAACUUCAAAUUUCGUCCCGUGUGGGACCUUCGGAGAGAACCAACGAAAUGUGAUCGUCUCGCAAUUGAAGUAUCUGAAGAGUUCAAUUCUGACCAAAAACAUUGGAGUAAUGUAAUUGAGGAAACAAUUGAUCAGAUGCUGUUAGAAUCUGGCAGCAAGUCUUCUGCUCAAUUACAAUGGGACGCAGAAGAUCCAAUGAGAAAAGAAGUCGAGAAAGCUGAAAAGGCAGCUGAAGACCCCAGUAAGAGUGUUAUAACUCUAGGCGAUGAUGAGGACGAUGCUCCAGAAGUUGGAAACCAAAGAAGAAAGAGUGGAAAAAACAAUAAAAAGAACAAAAAGCUUCAAAAGAAACUUGUUGCUGAGCAGGCACUGAAAAAUGAUUCUAUUGUAGAAGAAACAGAACCAAUUGUGAUCGACGAUGGAGAGGAAUCGAACCAAAGAGUUUCAGAACUUGAAAAGAGUAUGCAGGAAUUGAAGGCGGAAAACGAAAGACUCAAAGAAAUUAAUAGACAAAUGUACGAAUUUGUUGCCAAAGAAAUUGUUGAUGGCUGA